GCUAACACAUUCCUCCGCUCAGGAACGAAACCCACACACUUUUUGGAUACUUUUUUUUGGAUUUUAAUGCCUGAGUUAAUAAUUAAUCUAGCACUACUUUCGGGUAGUUUGCAUAUAUUUUCCUUUGGCGACGAGCGGCUGCGGUGCGGGGCUGAACAUAUCCGCAAGCUGUGUUUAGGUGCUCUCUCCCAGCCCCUCUCUGGAUGCAUCAGACUCCUCUGCCCCGGGGCCCUGGACCCGGUGUGUGACCCCGCCACCUUCACCCCAUUCACCCUCUUUUUCCUCUCUCUCUGCUCCAAACUCCCUUCCACCUGCCUGCCUCAACGCUCCUGUUCUGGGCCCCCUGCCUCUCGACCAGCAGGCAGAGGCAGGGGGCCAUGGCGCCAUGGUAACCUACGGCGGACGCAACGCCUUCGCCAUGAACAGCGUGCCCCCUCCGGAGGGCAGGGUUCAGGGGUCCAACUUUACCCCACAUCACUACAAGCCCUUCAGUUCGCACGCACACUACCAACAGGUGAUGCGUGCAUUGCGUAAGCUCCAGGAGAGUGGGUUUUACUGGGGGGCUGUGGGAGGUCGGGAGGCCAGCUCCCUGCUGCGCUCUGAACCGCCUGGCACCUUCCUGAUCCGAGACUCCUCGGACCACCACCACUUCUUCACCCUGUCUGUCCAGACGGCUCGAGGAACCAAGAACCUGCGAAUUCACAGCGAGGGAGGCGGCUUCUUCUUACAGCCAGACCCCCAAAGCUCCCAAGAGCCCCCACAGUUUGAUUGCGUGCUGAAACUCAUAGCGCACUACAUGGGGAAAGGGCCAGAGGCUGGAAGGAGCAGAGAAGGGGCAUGCGGGGGCAACUCAAGAGGGGCAGAAAUGAAAGGGCGCAACGUUUAUCUGAUCCACACCGGUGGAGAGAGGAUCCCCCUGGAGUUGCGGCGACCCCUCUCAACCUCUCUCUCAUCCUUGCAGCACAUGUGCAGGAGGACCUUGAACAACCAAGGCCUGGGGGGCUCGGAGAGAGCAGAGCAGCUCCCGCACACACUUAGAGACUUCCUGGAGGAGUACGACGCUCCCAUAUGACUGACAGGGACUGCACAGGUCCCACUACAUGGACCAGCUGCCUGGAGGACAGCACAGACCAGGUCUCAGUGCAUACGUGAAUAUGUGCACCAUCAGAGACUGACCUGAGUUAGCCUUAGAUGCCAAUGUGAGGUCUGUUUUUUUCAGAGUGGCCAGAAUCAGCUGAUCCCAGAUCUGUUGCAACACUGACUGACACCACCGAUGAGGAGUGCGAUUUGGGUAACCAAUGUUUACCUCAUCUGUCCUGCCUUUCAAAAAAAAAAAAAAAAAAAAAAAAA